AUAAUAUUCUAAAAUUUUCUAAUAGGUGCAAAUUGUGAAAAGCAAAAAUGGAGAAAGUCAAAUUCUUUGCUAUAAUCUUUAUUGUGGCAAUGGUUAUGACAAGGGUUGAGGCGGAAGAGGUUCCGAUGCAAGUGACGACCAAUGAGGUGACUCUAGCGGCCGAGGCUGCCGCCUCGAGUCUCAAAAGCAGCGUGGGAGAGGCUGCUCAAGGAGCCAAGACAUGGGCUGAUUGGGCUACUAGCAAAAUCAGGCAUCCUGGCAGUUUGGAGAAAGCACCGGGAUCAGAGUGAAACAAACAUUUAUCUUAAGAAUAUGCUUAAAAUGGUUUUAUCAACAAAAAAA